AUGUCGCUGGAAAUCGUUCAACGGAAUCUUCUGAAUAUUCUAGAAGCAGUUGCCGACGCUGUUACUAUUUCCAGUGCGACAAAAAGAUGCCGAUUAGUUGCUGUUAGUAAAACCAAGUCUGCUGAAAUGAUCGAGAGCUGCUUUUCGCAAGGACAACGUCAUUUCGGAGAGAAUUAUGUUCAAGAACUUGAAGAGAAAUCUGCGGCUUUGGCAUCGAAAUGCGCAGAGAUUCGAUGGCAUUUCAUUGGACAGGUUCAAUCAAACAAGAUUUCAAAAAUCUGCAACUCUUCAGGAAUUUGGUGCGUGGAGACUGUGGAAAGCGAGAAACAUGCUCGUCUCUUUGACAAAGAAUGGUCAAAACACGGUGCCUCAUCUUCUCCUCUCCGAGUUCUAGUACAGGUGAACACAUCAGAAGAAGAAAAUAAAGGAGGCAUCAAAAUUAGUGAGGCUCCGAAGCUCGCAGAGUUCAUUCGAAAAGAGUGUUUGAAUUUGAAGUUCGACGGUUUUAUGACAAUUGGAUCCCACGCUAGCGGAGUGAAUCCUGAUUUCGAAAAACUAUACACUGUCAGGCAAGCCUGGUCAGAAAUUACAGGUGAAACUCCCGAGUCUGUAGAAUUAUCGAUGGGAAUGUCGGACGACUUCCUUCAAGCCAUUCAGCAAGGUUCAACUAGUGUUCGAGUCGGCAGCAAACUAUUCGGAGCUAGAGAAAAAAAAAUGGACGAUUUUCGUUCUCAAAUUCUAAAGAAAACAAGAGAACUGAUGCUCAAUGAGCAGCAGCAUGAGGAAAACAUGAAAUCCUGGAAUGGAAAUGAAACGAAAGGCUUUGAGCUACAGUUUGCUGGAAUGAAAAGAGGCGUUCCACAGAAAUCAGGAGUCGUUGGUCAGGUUUUCAUCAGUGAAGAUGGAGGAUUCGAAGCCAUCAUCACAGGAUAUCUCGUGAAAGAUAAUCUUCGUUCAAUAAGUACAUCGUUCACUCUCACCCCAUCUUCUUCAUUGAAAUCCGAAAUCACCGAAGGUCUUCAUCCUCUUGUUCUUGCUGUCGGUUCUGCUCUCACGCUUAAUCAUGUGCUCAUGCUCAACAAUGUUCGUGAUGAGAUUUUGAAGCUUUUGACGCCGAAAGAGGUAGCCAGAGUGGCAAGUGUCUGCAAAAUAGCCCGUGCAGUUCUCACUUCAACCGCAGUCGACAAUACAUUCUGGAAAAAACACUUGAGAGCUGACUUCGGAGCGGAGAAAGUUCAGAACACAAUUGCAAAUGGCCGAAAAUUCCACGGAGUUUAUUGCGAAGAAGCAAGAGCUCGCAGAAAUCAGCGUGCAGCUCAACCGCAUAAUGACAAUCCCUACCUGAUUGGUGUUCAUCAGCCACGCAUUGAUCCCCUUCGAGUCGAUCCUCUUCGUGUUCCUGAUAGAAAUCCUAUGAGACCAAUUCAUCCUGACCCUGAUGCGGAAUGGUUCAAUCCACAGGGAGGAUUCCUUCCACCCGGAAUGCCUCCUGGCAAUCCUCAAGUUCCCGAUUUAUUCAGAGGACCAGAUCAUCCCGAUCUCAAUCCAUUGGCUGGAGGAUUUGGUCUUCCACGUGGAGGAGGAAGUCAAGGCAGACCAUUCAUGAGAGGACCACCGGGAUCUGGAGGAUCCGGAGGCGGGGGAUUUCUCUAA